GAUUGUCUCAAGUUGCCCCUGUGCACGUUGCGGUUGGCUCUGUCGAUCUUAAUGGAGGACCAAUCCUUGGAGGCGCGCGUGCGGUUGACGAACAUCAAGAUAGUGCUCUACGCGCUGGAGGAUCUACUCGACGAGCUCGAAUACCACGGCAGCAUCAGGCACCGACCCAGCCGCCGGACCUGGAAGGAUACAUUGUUCUGGUUAUCAGGUCCAUUAAUUCUGCAUACAAAUGUUGCCCAAAGAUUGGACACGAUCAGCAGGAAGUUGCGUCAUGUGAAGGACCAUUCUGUCGAAUUCUGUUCCCGUCAGCACACUGGUGCACUUCCUCAACAAUACAAGGAGCAAUUUGGAUUUGAUGGAGCCGCAAUCAUCGGAAGGGAUCGUGAGAAACAAGAUGUAAAAAGAUUGCUCUUGCAAAACAAUCGCAAUAGUUUGUCCAUCCUUCCAAUAGUUGGCCAGCCAGGGCUGGGCAAAACGAGUCUUGCUAGGUUAGUUUUCGAGGAUGGAGGAGAAGAUUGGGAAUUUGAUUUCCGGGUAUGGAUAAGCCUUGACAAUAACUUGUCCCUUACGAAAAUUGGGACACACAUUAUCUCGGAAGCUAAUAAAUCAGUGAAAGGUAGUAUACCUCAAGUUUGCAGAAAUUAUUCUUUGGGGUGCCCGUUCCAGCUUGCGCAUGAUGUUCAAGAGAUACUUCAUAAUAGCAGCUGUUUAAUUGUCUUGGACAAUCUGUUCUCUAUGAAUGUCAACUUUCUUGUUAAUCUGAAGGAAUUGUUUGGGGCCAAACAGAAAUGUGCCAAGGUCAUAGUGACCACUUCUAGUAAACUAGUAGCAAAAGUGAUGGGUACUAGUUCAUCAUACAACUUGGGUGGUCUAUCUGAAGAACACUGUUGGACUGUAUUUGCUGAGAAAUCAUUUGGAAACAAAGAUGCAAUAGUAGAUCCGCAGUAUACAGAAAUUGGUAAGAAAAUUGCAAGGAGGUGCAACGGAAUUCCUAUGUUAGCUCAGUCUCUUGGUUCAAUGGUGCAUAAUCAAGGCAUGAACACCUGGCUCGCUGUAAGGGAUGAAGAAUUGUGGAAACUAGAGGAAAAGUUUUUCCCUAAGUCAACAGUAUUUUCAUCAUUCAUGGCAAUAUAUUACAGCAUGCACCAUACAUUAAAAUUGUGCUUCCUUUAUUUGUCGGUGUUUCCUAGAGGUUCUAUCAUAGACAAGGAUGAACUUAUUCGACAAUGGAGAGCAUUGGAUUUAUUUCGAUCAGAACGUGGGACCUUUUCUGCUUCUUUGCUCGGAGAAAUAUACACUGAUGACCUUUUAUCUGCAUCCAUCCUUGAAGUUGUAGAUACAUCCUUGGUCGAGAUGAAAUGCAUCAGUUCUGUUGUUCUUCGUGUGAAUAAUUUGGCGUAUGAUUUUCUGAGAUAUCUGACCAGAGAUGACGUAAUGCAUUUGGACUAUGGCAUGGCACUAAGUGGCUCUGUAGGGAAGCCACCUUUCCGUUAUGCAACAUUGACAUGUUACACUAAGGAAUCAGCAACUGACGAAUAUUUGGUAAGCAGUGCAAAGGCAGUGCUUUUCAGAAAUUGUGAGGCAACAAAGGCUAUAGCCGAUCUGUUGCCAGUACUAAGAUACACGCGUCUCUUGGAUCUUAGUGGUUGUCCCUUUGAAGAAUUACCAGCUUCUAUUGAUCAGCUGAAACAUCUUAGAUAUCUCAAUAUUUCAGGCUUCAGAAUAACAGCAUUACCGAAUGAAAUGGGCUGCUUGCAGAACCUCAAGUUUUUGGAUAUCUCGAAAACAUGCAUUGAGGCGUUACCCACGUUUAUCACAACUUUCCGGAAGCUGAAAUAUCUGAAUGUACAUGGAUGCGAUAGACUCCGAAACUUGCCCCCAGCCCUUGGUGAUCUUAAGGGGUUGGAGUGCCUCAACCUGUCGUCCUGUCCUCUAAUAUGCAAGUUACCUGCAUCUUUUUCUGGACUUCAUAAACUGCAGCGGCUGGAUCUAUCAAACUGCACCGGUCUUGAUCAGUUGCCUCACCCGUUUCAGCUGGAAAGUUUAGAGAACCUGAACCUGGAGGGGUGCUUCAGGCUCAAACAGCUACCAGAAUCUUUUGGCAACCUUUCUUUCCUUCGGAAUUUAAACUUGGCAGGCUGCUCUAGUCUGAAGCAAUUACCGGAGUCUUUUGUUGACUUGCCUAUGUUACAGUGCUUGAGCAUUUCACAUAUUCACAUUGAGUUGCCGGAUCCACUAGUCAAGCUCCAGAGGCUCCGCAAACUGAAAAUCACAUAUUGUGAUGCGGUGAUAUGAGGACCUUUGCUAAGUACCAAAAAGCUGGUGCCGCUAGGUUCUUCGUGAAGGUGGCAAAUGACAUCGGGGUGCUGGUUUCGGUUCGAGCUGAAGGAAGAAAAUCAUUUUGAGAAUGUUCCUCCGAACAGAAGGGGCGCUGUUUGCGGAUUUGAAUGGUGUUGAAUGUCGAAAUAUGUUUUUAGAUGCUUUAUUUAUGCAAGUGGAUGGAUGAUGUUUAAUUGCAUAUUUUCCCCUGUUCUGUAAAUACAGA